CGCACUGCCUGGAGGACGUGCGCCGAGCCCGUCCCCACGCCGCCGCGCGCACGGGCUCCCUGCCCAGCCGAGAACAAUCAACCAUGACAACUGAAUCUGGCUCAGACUCAGAAUCCAAGCCUGAGCAGGAGGCCGAGGCCCAGGAGGCGGCAGGUCCGCAAGGGCCCUCAGGGGCACAGCCGGGGCCCGAAGAGCAGCGCCAGGCCUUGGAGCAGUUCGCAGCUGCUGCGGCACACAGCACCCCCGUGAAAAAGGAGGUCACUGACAAGGAACGGGAAUUUGCUGCUGGAGCUGCAAAACAGCUCGAAUAUCAGCAAUUGGAAGACGAUAAACUUUCUCAGAAAUCAUCAAGCAGUAAACUCUCCCGAUCUCCGUUGAAGAUUGUCAAAAAGCCUAAAAGCAUGCAGUGCAAAGUGAUACUUCUGGAUGGAUCAGAAUAUACCUGUGAUGUGGAGAAACGCUCCAGAGGCCAAGUGCUGUUUGAUAAAGUGUGUGAACAUCUGAACUUGCUAGAAAAAGACUACUUUGGGCUUACAUACCGAGAUGCUGAAAACCAGAAGAAUUGGUUGGACCCUGCUAAGGAAAUUAAAAAACAGAUUCGAAGUGGUGCUUGGCAUUUUUCAUUUAAUGUGAAAUUUUACCCCCCAGACCCCUCUCAGCUGUCUGAAGAUAUCACCAGGUACUACCUCUGCUUACAACUGCGAGAUGACAUCGUGUCCGGAAGGCUGCCCUGCUCCUUUGUCACUCUUGCCCUCUUGGGUUCCUACACUGUCCAGUCAGAACUUGGCGACUAUGACCCAGAUGAAUGCGGGAAUGAUUACAUUAGUGAGUUCCGCUUUGCUCCAAAUCACACUAAAGAACUUGAAGAUAAAGUGAUCGAGCUGCACAAGAGUCACAGAGGAAUGACGCCAGCAGAAGCCGAGAUGCAUUUCUUGGAAAAUGCCAAAAAACUAUCCAUGUAUGGGGUAGAUUUACAUCAUGCCAAGGAUUCUGAAGGAGUUGAAAUUAUGUUAGGAGUUUGUGCAAGUGGACUGUUGAUAUAUCGUGACCGACUGCGGAUAAAUAGAUUUGCCUGGCCUAAGGUUCUAAAAAUUUCAUACAAACGAAACAACUUUUACAUUAAGAUCCGCCCUGGAGAGUUUGAACAGUUUGAAAGUACCAUUGGGUUUAAACUGCCAAACCAUAGAGCUGCCAAGCGUUUAUGGAAAGUAUGCGUUGAACACCAUACAUUUUUCAGAUUGUUGUUACCAGAAGCACCUCCAAAGAAAUUCCUUACCUUGGGUUCCAAGUUUCGUUAUAGCGGUAGAACGCAAGCCCAAACAAGAAGAGCCAGCGCAUUGAUAGAUCGUCCAGCCCCUUACUUUGAACGCUCAUCAAGUAAACGUUAUACCAUGUCUCGCAGCUUGGAUGGAGCAUCAGUGAAUGAAAACCAUGAAAUAUACAUGAAGGAUUCUGUGUCUGCUGCAGAGGUUGGUACUGGCCAGUACGCCACAACAAAGGGCAUCUCUCAGACCAACUUGAUCACCACUGUGACUCCAGAGAAAAAGGCCGAAGAGGAACGUGACGAGGAGGAGGACAGGCGGAAAAAGGCGGAAGGAGCCGCCCCUGUCGCAGCGAUACGGCACGAGGGAAAGUCGCCUAGGCUUGGCACUGACUCAUGUCCUCCCCUAUCCCCCCCAUCAGCCCAUUGUCCCCCUGCAUCUCGCACAGAGCUCCGUAAGAGGUGUAAGGAGAAUGACCGCCAACCUCCGGCUUCUGAGCCCUCUAAAGACACAGUGCCCGUGCACGGAGAGCCCUCCGUGGACUCUGAGGGCAAAGGGAAGCCAUACCUAGGGGACCAAGAUGUGGCUUUUAGCUACAAACAGCAAACUGGCAAAGGAGCCACCCUGUUCUCCUUCUCCUUGCAGCUCCCUGAGUCCUUCCCUUCUCUUCUAGAUGACGAUGGGUACCUCUCUUUUCCCAACCUGUCUGAAACCAACCUCCUCCCCCAGAGCUUGCAGCAUUAUCUCCCAAUCCGCUCACCCUCCCUUGUGCCCUGUUUCCUCUUCAUCUUUUUCUUUCUGCUCUCCGCCUCCUUCUCAGUGCCAUAUGCCCUCACUCUCUCCUUCCCUCUGGCUAUGUGCCUCUGCUACCUGGAGCCCAAGGCGGCCUCCUUGAGUGCCUCACUAGACAAUGACCCGAGUGACAGUUCAGAGGAAGAGACGGACAGCGAGCGCACGGACACCGCGGCCGAUGGCGAAACCACCGCCACUGAGUCGGACCAGGAGGAAGAUGCAGAGCUCAAGGCACAGGAGCUAGAUAAAACUCAAGAUGACCUGAUGAAACAUCAGACCAAUAUUAGUGAGCUGAAAAGAACCUUUUUAGAAACCUCCACAGACACUGCCAUCACAAAUGAGUGGGAAAAGAGGCUGUCUACCUCCCCGGUGCGACUAGCCGCCAGGCAGGAGGAUGCGCCCAUGAUCGAGCCCCUUGUACCUGAAGAGACUAAGCAGUCUUCUGGCGAAAAGCUCAUGGAUGGCUCUGAAAUCUUCAGUCUAUUAGAAUCUGCAAGAAAACCAACAGAAUUCAUAGGAGGGGUUACCUCUUCUUCUCAAAGCUGGGUUCAGAAAACAGAAACCAGGACAGAGUCCAGCGAAACAGAGCCCGAAACAACCCAGCGUCCUCAGCCACUUAGCACUGAGAAGGUUGUGCAGGAAACUGUGUUGGUGGAGGAGAGACAUGUGAUGAAUGUGCACGCAAGCGGGGAUGCUUCUCACACGGCUGGAGAUGAUGUGGAUGCUGCAGCGCAGGCAGCACCUGCCGAUGCUUCUAGCAUUAAAGGGAAGGAGGGCUCUGCUCUGACGGAGGGGGCUAAAGAGGAAAAAAUGGAGGUGGCCGAUAAAGCUGUAUUGGAACAGGAAGAAAUGGCCACGCCUUCCCAUGAGCCAAAGGAGGAGCAGAGCGUAGCAAUCCACGUUUCUGAAACUUUGGAACAAAAACCUCACUUUGAGUCAUCUACUGUGAAGACAGAGACCAUCAGUUUCGGCAGUGUUUCACCAGGAGGAGUAAAGCUAGAAAUGUCUACCAAGGAAUUGCCAGUUGUUCACACAGAAACCAAAACCAUAACAUAUGAAUCAUCACAGGUUGAUCCUAGUGCUGAUUUGGAGCCAGGCGUACUAAUGAGCGCACAGACGAUCACAUCUGAAACCACCAGUACCACGACCACCACCCACAUCACCAAAACUGUAAAAGGAGGCAUUUCAGAAACAAGAAUUGAGAAGCGAAUAGUCAUCACAGGUGAUGCGGAUAUUGACCAUGACCAGGCGCUGGCUCAGGCAAUUAAAGAGGCCAAAGAGCAGCACCCUGACAUGUCAGUGACCAAAGUAGUGGUCCAUAAAGAGACAGAGAUCACGCCGGAAGAUGGAGAGGACUGACCCCAGGAAUAACUUAGCCUGCACAGGAAUCCAGUCAUGCAAACCAUUAGGAAAACCAGAGCCUAUAUGGAGUUCCCUCUUCUAACCCAACUGACUUGUAUCUGCCUGCGGAAAUUUUCAAUCCAGAAGAGCAGACCUUGACCAUUAAUUAAGACAGGGGCAGAGAGAUCUUCCCAUAAUAAAGCAAUCCGAAUCAGCAUCACUAAACUGAUAUUGCAUGAAGCAACGAUAAAAUUACAAAAGAGCAGCAUUUUUAAUUUUCACAAAGUGUCUAAGUUUUCUGCUAUACCUGCACGUUCAUAACCAACAAUAUAAACCGUGAUUUCAUGUAACACAUAAACAAUCCAUGCCUUUUAUAGUUUAUUAUUAUUAAAGUCUAAACAAAAUUUCAAUUUCUUAAGUGACAGAUCUUUUGUUUACAGAUAAAUGAAGAUUACCCUAAAACGCUAGAAGCUGUCUAGGUCCGGUGUAUCAGGUUUAUCCCAGAUUAGAUGUGCCAAUAACCGAGUUUAUUCAGUAAACACUUGAAUCUUGUACUUGUUUCAUCUGGUUUUACUACUCUUAACUCAUAAACAGUGAUGACUCUCUGAUCCUCUGGAAAUAUUUAAUGCUUUCAAUCUUGCUUUGUAUAUCUAAUUUAAUUAUAAGAUAGUACUGAUUUUAGCAUAUUAAUGUGAUUUCUUCCUUGUUGUCCAUUUUGGUCCAUGUUCAAUCCGGAAAGCUUCCCAAAGUUUCCUAUCAAGUCCUAAAUAUGUGAAUUGUGAUUAAUUUGGGAAGAAAAUAUGUAUUUUCAUUAGUUUACAAUAUUAUGAAAUGUCGCUCUAGAAAAAUCUGUUGAGUUCUUGUUAGUUUUUUUUCUUUCUUUGCUUCUUUCUUAUAUUUUUAAAUUGAUUUUCUUCUUUUACUUGAAAAAGUGUUUUAUUUCCAAAUAUGGUCCAUAUUUACAACAUAGUUCCGAGCCAAGCCUUAAACUGUACAGAAUUUCCACUGUAAUUAAACUAUGUAGUGUUUAGUUAUAAAUAGCCUUCAGAAAGAUAUAUUCUUCAUUACACUGUCUACUGCAUUACACAGCCCAUGGUGAAUGUAUGUUUCUGCAUAGCGAAAU